ACGGUCGCCGCUGAGACGGAGGGAGACGCUCGCUGCGGAUUGGCCGCCCCGGCCUCUCUGCGCCGCGGAUUGGCUGAGGCGUCGCCGGAGGGAGGACUUGACAAUCGCGGCCCGAGAACCGGCGUUCCCAGGACCCGGGCGGGACGCGGCCCGCGCUGACCCGCGCCCCGGAAGAGCGACGAGAUGAUCCGCCACAAGUCCAGCCAGUUGACGGCCCUGAAGACCCCGUCGGAGCGUGACCAGCCCUCCGCGCUGCAGCGGGAACCCCAGAGGGGCCUCGGCUCGGUGGAUGGGUCCGCCACGCGGAUGGCGACGGGGGCGCGGCCCGGGUCCGGCACCACGGCGGCCUCGGAAGAAGCGGAUGAAGACCCUGCGGCCACCUUGUUCCCGCCCCCGCUGCCCCAACCGCGGAUCUGCCUGUGGAAGUACCUGGAUACGCAUUCCAUGCACAGGCUGCAGAAGACAGCCAGCACGGAGGAGAUGAGGGAGGUGCUAGCUGAGCUCUUGGGGCUAAGCUGUCCUGAGCCAAGCCCGAAGGAGGCCAUCACCCUGGACCUCUUCUCCCACGCACUUAUCUUCUGCCGUCAGCAGGGCUUCUCGCCGGAACAGACAUCCACAGCUUGUGCCCUGCUCCAGGACCUUCAUAAGGCCUGUGUUGCAACCCCCCUGGGCAACGUGGAGGAAUGUUACCGCUACUUCAUCAGUGUCCUUUUUUGCCACGGAGUCAGGGCUGCAGGGGGCUCUCCCUGCUCCUCCACAGCUGGGCACCUGGAGAAAAGGGAGGAACAGCUGCUGGCCCUGGCAGAUUAUGUGGUCAACACCUACUUCCGCCACUUCAAGCUCUACAAAUACGUCUUCACGCCCCAGGUGCGACUGGAUCUGUCUUUGACUUACGUGGGGCUGCAGCCCCCCAAGCUCUUGCCAGAGGAGGAGACAGAGAAAGGCGGCGAGGAGGCGGAGCAGGGCGUCAGCCCACAAGAGGAACCAGAAACGGGGGUCCAGCCGGAGCCGGAGCCGGAGCCGGAGCUGGAGCCAAGCCGGGUCUCCAGCCUGCAAGCCUACAUCAGGACCCAGAUGAACAAGGAGCUGAGGCAGCUCCAGCAGCUGAUGGAGGAGCAGCUCCAGGCCAGCGAGGACCGGCUCAGCAGCAAGCUGACCACCCUAGAGCGGCCCUUCCAGCCGCCACCUGGCAAAGGCAAGAACAAGACCAAGUGACCCCCAGCAUUUUCCCCAAUAAACGCCCAGGACAGGGCAGCCCCA